AUCAUUUUUAAUUUUUAGAAACUAAUUUUUAAAAUAAAAUAAUAAAGAAAAUGUGAGAUUGAAAUUUCAAAUUAAUUUAAAUUAACUCAUAAUAACCCAUUCUAAAAGGAACAUCUUUGUUUUCCAUAUUAUAAUUUAUAUAUAGUUAAUUAAUUUAUAUUUUGUUAAGAAUGGCUGCACACGAAGGGCUAGAUUAUGAUCCUGCAGAUGGACAUUAUUCUGAUGUUGUGUUAACCAUUAGAAUACUAAUGGGAAAGGAAAUCCUUCCACUUAUUGGAGAAUAUGGAGAAGUUGUUAGAGAUCUUAGAAACCAAUCUGAAGCAACAAUUACUAUCACUGAUAGCUCAACCCCAGAGCGAAUAGUGACUGUCACUGGGAACAUCAAUAUAAUACAAAAAGCAUUUGCAUUAAUUACAAAAAUUUUAGAGCAGAAUUCCCCUACACACCUUCAAAAUAGUCGAAAACCAUCGAGUAAUAAUUCUACGACAAUAAAACUUAUUGUACCUGCCUCUCAAUGUGGAUCAUUAAUUGGAAAAGGAGGUGUAAAAAUUAGAGAAAUACGAGAAGCUAGUGGAGCUAUGGUAAAUGUAGCAUCAGACCUAUUACAAAAUUCUACAGAAAGAACAGUUAGUAUUAGUGGUACUGCAGAAGCUAUCACCGAGGCAAUUCAUCAAAUAUGUAUUGUAAUGUUAGAGACACCAGGAAGAGGGCCUACAGUUGCUUACAGACCUUUUGUGUCACAACCAGGGCCUGUAGUACUUUGUGGAGGCCAAGCCUAUACUCUUCAAGGAUCAUUAGCAAUUCCAGCAGUUGGUGAUCAAACAGCUUCAAAUGCAGCAUUAAAUACUAUUGCAAGUAUCGCCCCAAAUUUAAUUGCCGGUUCUGGAUUAGAUCCAUCAGUGCUUGCUGCAUUAGCGGGUAGCCAGUUGCGAGGUGGUGGUGUCAGUUCAAAAACUUCACAACAGCAUAUUACACAUGAGAUGGCUAUUCCCAAUGACAUAAUUGGGUGUAUUAUAGGUAAAGGAGGAACAAAAAUUGCUGAAAUUAGAAGAAUAAGUGGGGCCAUGAUAAGAAUUUCAAAUACUGAAGAGCACGAGGCUUCUGGAAAAAUGGAAAGAGCUAUCACAAUUAGUGGACAAGCUGAUGCUGUUAAUGUGGCUAAAACAUUAAUUAACUUAAGUGUUGAUCAGUAUAAUAAAUCAUCUGGAGAAUCAGUGGAUUAUGAUGAAGAAUUUCCAUCUAAUUUUACAGCAGAUGCAAAAACAACGACUGAAACUUUGGCAACAUUAUUGUCAAAUCCAAAUGGUUUAGGGGCUUUAGGAGCAUUGACUGGCCUCAAAGAACUAUUAGGAAGUAUUAACAAUAAAAAACAAAUAAAUAAGAAAAGAGAUAAAAAUGAUAAAUUUUCACCUUAUUGAACUAAGUACAUGAAAUAUUGUUAUAUAAUUUAAGCAUAUUUUUAACUACUUGUAUUGAUUCCACAUGUAUUUUAUUUAUUAAUAUUACUGUAAAACUAAUUAAAGAUAAUGAUUGAAUAUAUAGUUCCAAAACAAGUUUAUUAGGUAACUAAUAAUUAUUGUAUUAUAAAUGUUUCCUUUGAAAUUUUGAAUUUGUACAAUACUAUUAAUAUUUAAUAAGGUAACAAGUGUAUUAUAUUUUGUGUUAGUUACAUCAUUAUAAAAAUUGUUUA